CGCGUUCUUUGUCGCUGCUGUACUUGUAGCUGCUUGCAGUCCGCUUCAAUAACAACACCCGCCGCUCUAGCAGCAUGGUUUACAUCUAAGGUCAGCCGAUUUCCCUCUGUUUCUCUCUGGAUUGUCUCGAAAUUUCUUCUGACAACGUAACGAAUAAGAAACACCAUGGAGGAAGAGGAGCACUUUGUGAACAUAGACCUGAAUGAUGACAACAUCUGCAGCAUCUGUAAACUAGACACGGACACAGGAACGCUUUCCUUUUGCCAUGUGUGCUUUGAACUGAGCAUAGAGGGUGUAUCCAGUGCCACCCUGCUGCACUCCAAAUCUCUACGUGGGCAUAGAGACUGCUUUGAAAAGUACCAUCUCAUCGCCAACCAGAAGCUCUCCCGCGCAGCCUCCCACAGCACAUAUGAGGGCGUGAAGCGGGCUCUGAGCCAGCGAAUCAACCGCAUUGUUCAGUACGCCCAGAACAGAGACUCCGUAACUGCUGAGACACCUGGGCGCUGGGGGGCCAAACAGAUUCUGUGUCACACUCAGCAGGGCGGCAGGAAGCUCGUGCCCCAGUCCGAUGCCCAAGUUCCCCGUUACGCCCCACGAUGGGCAGAGGAGGUGUCGAUGGCGGAGUCAGAGUAUGGGAAAACCAUGCUGGACUGCCAUUCUGCAGAGAAGCUUGGUCUCAGCCUGCUGCAGGGCUCACGCCAGGGACUGUGGGCUGGAGAGAGACACCACCCACAAGAACAGCAGAACCGAGAGCAAAGGAGACACACGGGACACAGGCGAGAAGAGCGUGAGUAUUCAUGAUAUACAUUAGCAUUCAAAAGUAUG